AUGCUCCCUAGGACUAGAAUUCCGCGCCCAUUCCCUCAAACCACCGACAUUAACAAUCUCGCAAGAGAUUUUCGUCUCAAUGACUUGAACGUCGAAAGGCUCCCAAACGGGCGAGUUAGAGUAUCCGAUAGACCAAGACCCAAUACAGAUCACCAAUGGAACGACCCACUCCAACAUCAAGAUCUACCACAACCAUCAUCAACAACCAGUCAUCAAUCCCAACCACCCGUGGCAAUGCCUCCUGCAUCAAAACCAGCAGUCGCUCUCACAAGGAAGUCGACUCACUCGACUUACACGUAUAUCCCACCUGCGGCUGCAAAAUACAUACUAUGGGAUUCAACACCAACGGCAACUCCUCAAAUUGUAGCUCCUCAUCAUCUAAUACCAAAGCAAGUUAGACUACAUAUGCCUGCUGCAAAAGCUUUGGCGGCCUACCUGAAACGACAUGCUUCAAAAGGUUUUCUACUCGGCAGAAACUUGCCUGACAGAGGAGGAAUCAUUGCUGACAGGUUUGAUCCCGGCCGAUUAGAAGGAGGUCCUACCGUGGUAAUAAAAGGAGAUGUCGCAAUUCGAGUGACUUCUUUGGAUAAUGUAGACGAAACUCUGUUACAGGCACGUUCUAGAAGGGACACUGAAGGAUACAAUUGGUUUACUUCGGAUGACUCUGGAGAUGUAGAUCUUAGCAAAGGAAUGCCCUGUUUCGUCGUUUCCACUAUGGUUGACGAUGAAUUGACGCUCGAAUACAAACAAGUUUGCCCUGCAGUUACUAUAAGAUACAUUCCGAUUGCGCCUUUGCGUUUGGUGCCAGGAACUCUUACUUCUGAUUUGGUUAAGAGACAAGAUUCUUCAGAGCCCUUCCGCAUGGGCUAUAUAACUAUCGACAAUGCUCGCAUGAUAUUACCCAUCGUAUCAUCAGAUCCCAUGAAGACUGAAUUACCAUUAGCAGGAAUAUGGAUCAAGAACGUCAUCACCAUCAAAGAUCCCCGUGUCUAUUUGGCUUGUACCAAGUUUGCCCAAUAUAGCAAUAACCGACUUGGACGAAUGUCAAUAUCAUCCAUCCUAGUAGCGGUGUUUCCCAGUGAUGGACAUGAAGAAGCUGCUUCCACGACCUUUUACGAGUGCCAUGUCGAAUUCAGAGAAGAACAGUCUUGUAUGUUCAAUGGUCGCGCCUGUAUCUCAUUCGAAAGCGACAAUACUGUUGCAUGUUCGAUGGAUGUCAAAGAGGUACCGAUGACGGACGACUCAUGGCGAUCUUCCAUUGAAAAGUUUUAUAAAAUAAAACUGGACAUAUCUGACCCCGAGCCUGUAAUAAAUGCCGGAGACUCAUUGCCAGAAGCAACGGAUAAGAUGAAUGAACCAGUCGCAGUACCAGAGAACGUGGGGCCAUCGGAAUCUAAUGCUUUACCCCUCGACGACUCAACCAAGACACUCAUACCGCCAACACCGGAACCAAUAUCGGUGCCCGAGCACUCCAAAAAUGAUGGUAUAGUGGAGUCGACAAGCUCUGGCAGUGUAUCGACAACAGCACCUAUGGACUCAGGUUACAUGCUCCUCCAGCAGCAGCAGCACCUCUGGAUGUCGUUGCUACAACAUCAAAUAGAUACACUGCGAGCUCAGUUUGUUGGAAGUGCUUCUAUUGCACAAAUGCCAUCGCCGCCCUUUGUCCCAUACAUGUCAAAUCCUAUAAAUACGUCAUCAUCAAUACCACCACCAACCAACAACACAGCAGAUUGCACGACUCUACCCGUAGUAAUAAGGAAAUCCCCUCAACAAGUAUCAACAUCGUGUCAGACUGUAUUGUUAGGUGCACCACAGACAGAAGGUGUUGACGGUAAUAAACCGGAACUAGUAGCGAAUGACACGAAUGAAAUACGCACCAAGUCAGUAGCUACCAAUACCACAUUUAUAGCUACCGAGAUUAGAAGGUGCUCUGUAGCCACAAAUACGUCUUGGAUUGAAGAUACUCCACUCGAAGAUAAAAAGCCAGAAAAAUCCAUGCCAUCCUUGUCAUUAGCUGAUGCUUCCGUAUUAAAUAGAGAUAUACGCCAGCAACACGAAUAUGAAGUCGCUACAGAUACUGGGAGUAACUACCAUCCCCUCUUCAAGUAUUCACCUAUCGAGCCAGAUGAGCUACCGUCACUCGGUGGAAUGGUCGGUUUGGACCAUGCUGCAGAUGAUGGCAUCGCGUAUGCAAGUGGUAUAAAAGAAACCAGUAGCAUCAUCAAAGAGGGGACUGGUGUCAAGAAGGGUUGGGAAGGCAGUUUGUCGAGAAUCGAUAUACAUGACGACGAACCAAACUCGUUGGAUCUGUCGCCAAUAGCAACAGGAGUAGCCACCGAUAAAACAGAAGAGCUGCGAGACGAAGGACCUGUAGAGAUUAUCGCACGACUAGCCAAGAACCCUGAACAGAGUUUCAUUUUUGUGCCGCCAAAGGAGGAUGAAUCCAAGGAAGGUAGUAGUGAUAGUGACGACUGUGCUGGACUGUUUUUCAAUGCUUCCAAUGACUCUAGUAUGGAGAAACACGUCGCGAACGUGUCUGAUGAAACAUCUGCAGAAGCCUUCUCAUUAUCGACACUACAAUAUUUGAACAAGUAUAAUUUACGGAUAGUAGUUGCGUUACGCUGCACCAAGUUUCCAUCAUCGGCUUAUACACGUACUAGUCGUUUGCAUCUUGCACCCCAAAUCGUCAAAGUACAACAUCAAACACGAGGAAUCCAAGCACCACGGACAGUCGAAGCUCUCGAAGUUUCAGCAUUACGAGCUCUUUUUGAUUUUGCUGACGUACAAGGAAUCGCUGUAAAGACCCACAACAUGACUAAAGCCACAAUAAUUGAUGGCAAAGUCAUCGCAGAUGCUCUUCGGGAAGGGCUUCAAAUAGAAGUCGAAGAAAUGGGACUAAAGCACCACGGCUACAAGCCUCAUCUUGUCGUUAUACAGGUCGGUGCUCGUGAAGAUUCGAGCAUCUACGUGAGGAUGAAGAAUCAGGCUGCCAGCAAGCUCUUGUCGUUGAUUCACUCCUUCAAUCAAGACCCAACGGUACACGGUGUCAUUGUACAGUCUCCUAUACAAUGUACAACUGGCGCUGAAGAAAGAAUUGUCAUGGAGGCCAUAGAUCCUAGAAAGGACGUCGAUGGUCUUCAUUCUGCAAACAUUGGUCAACUCGCAAAACGUGAAACCGAGCCGCUGUUUCGUCCUUGUACGCCCAAGGGUAUUAUGAAGCUUAUUGAGAGUACUGGCGUAAAAAUAUCUGGAAAACGAGCAGUGGUUGUGGGUCGAAGCAACAUUGUGGGAAUGCCAAUUGCACAUAUGCUACAAGCCGAAAACGCCACCGUCACUCUCUGUCAUUCAAAAACAGAAAACCUGGAAGAAAUCGUCAAAACUGCCGACAUUCUAGUAGCAGCAGUAGGCAAGGCCAAUCUGAUUCAAGGAUCAUGGAUUAAACCAGGUGCCAUAGUCAUUGAUGUUGGCACCAAUGCUGUUCCAGACUCAACCAAAAAGAGCGGUAUCAAAUGGGUCGGUGACGUUGAAUUUAGUACAGCUUCAGCUGUAGCAUCAGCCAUCACUCCUGUACCUGGAGGUGUUGGACCUAUGACCGUCGCCAUGCUACUAGAAAACACGUUUUUGAGUGCUCAGCGCUUUGUACAAGGCUUCAAAUCUCCUAUGGAGUAUCUAUCACUCGAUCUCAAGGUACCCGUACCAAGUGAUAUCGAAAUUGCAUCUGCUCAAACUCCAAAACCUAUUAAACGAGUCGCUGAAGAGCUAGGUCUUUUUGAAAGUGAAUAUGAGCUCUAUGGUCAAAGCAAAGCUAAGGUUGGACUGUCUGUAUUACAGCGUUUGAGUCACCGUCGAGAUGGAAAUUAUGUAGUAGUCGCUGGAAUUACCCCAACACCACUGGGUGAAGGAAAGUCUACAACAACCGUAGGCUUGUGUCAAGCCCUUGGUGCUCAUUUGAAACGAACUGCCUUUGCUUGUGUACGUCAACCAUCGCAAGGCCCCACUUUUGGUAUCAAAGGUGGUGCAGCUGGUGGUGGUUACUCCCAAAUCAUUCCUAUGGACGAAUUCAAUUUGCAUCUGACUGGUGACAUUCAUGCUGUUGCAGCUGCCAAUAACCUGCUAGCUGCAGCCAUUGACGCACGCAUGUUCCACGAAAAGACGCAGUCAAAUGAGGCUUUAUUCAAUCGAUUGUGUCCAGCCAAGAGAGGCGUUAGAAAAUUCGCUCCAGUCAUGUUGAAGAGACUGGCCAAGUUGGGCAUUGAGAAAACCAACCCAGAUGAUUUGACUCCUGAAGAACGAGGUCGCUGGGCCAGAUUGGAUAUAGAUCCAUCCACAAUCACUUGGCAACGCGUAGUCGAUGUAAAUGACCGUUUCCUUCGUCGUAUCGAGAUUGGUCGAGGCAAAGAAGAAAAGGGCCAUGAACGUGAGACUGGAUAUGAUAUAGCAGUUGCUAGUGAGGUUAUGGCUGUUUUGGCAUUGACGACUAGUGUGGCUGAUAUGCGAGAACGUCUGGGUCGAAUGGUUGUUGCUAGCUCUCGAGCUGGUGAUCCCGUGACUGCAGAUGAUAUUGGUAUUGGAGGUGCCUUGACGGUGUUGAUGAAGGAUGCCAUCAAGCCAAACUUGAUGCAAACGUUAGAGGGAACACCCGUAUUUGUGCAUGCUGGACCAUUUGCCAAUAUUGCUCAUGGGAAUUCGUCUAUAUUGGCAGAUCGUAUCGCUUUGAAGUUGGCUGGUACCGAAGAUAAUAUAGAAGACAAGCCUGGAUUUGUAGUUACUGAAGCAGGCUUUGGUGCUGAUAUUGGUAUGGAAAAGUUCUUUGAUAUCAAGUGUCGAUAUUCUGGACUGGUUCCGAACGCAGUAGUUCUUGUUGCUACUGUCAAGGCUCUCAAGAUGCAUGGAGGUGGACCUGAUGUUGUACCAGGCAAACCAUUACCUGAAGAAUAUUCCAAAGAGAAUCUGCCAUUGUUGCAAGCUGGAUGUGGAAACAUGGUGAAACAUAUUCAAAAUGCUCGCAAGUUUGGAGUACCAGUCUUAGUAGCCAUCAAUCAAUUCAGUUCUGAUACUCCAGCAGAGUGGGAGUUGAUUCAAUCUGAAGCAAUUAAAGCUGGUGCUUUCGCUGCUUGCUUAUGUGCUCAUUGGGCAUUAGGUGGUGCUGGUGCGGUCGAUUUGGCAAACAAGCUGGUCGAAGCAUGUGAUGGUCAUAAGGCUCAGGAUAACUUCCGAUUCCUGUAUGACCUGAACUUGCCCAUAGAAGACAAGAUCCGAACAAUUGCUCGAGAAAUGUAUGGGGCAGCCGAUAUUGAAAUACUAGAAGAAGCACGACGUAAGAUCGAUAUGUAUACAGCUCAGGGAUUCUCUGGUCUACCAAUUUGUAUGGCCAAAACCCACUUAUCUCUCUCGCAUGACCCAAAGUUGAAAGGCGUCCCCACUGGAUUUGUCGUUCCAGUACGUGAUAUUCGUGCCAGUGUUGGUGCUGGUUUCCUGUAUCCAUUACUCGGAACGAUGAGUACUAUGCCAGGACUCCCAACACGCCCAUGCUUUUACGACGUUGAUCUCGACCCAGAAACGGGUACACAAGACCACAUGCAACGUCACGUAUGUAGCAGAUCUCAAGCUGGCUUUAGAGUCUUGGGGUUCGCCUCUGCUGCUGCCACCAAGGGCUGGGUUACAAGAUUCCAAUCGUAUAAUACAAUUGGAACACUUCCACAGGCAAAUUUUGGAUCUAGUGGUCUCCCAACAAUGGAACAAGUGCAUCAGUUUGAAAAGAAUGGAUUCGUUACUGUACAAAAUGUGUUUGAUUCAACAUUUUGUCAAAACGUGAAUGGAGCUGUAGACAAGUGCUUUUUGGGUGAAUUUGAAACCGCUGACUACCCUGAUGAAUGGUAUUAUCGAGAAGGGAUGACCUUGCCUUAUGUGACUCGUGAGAUAUGUAAUGGGUGGAAAUCAAACAGAACAAUCGCCAAGCUGGUCCUGAACGAAGCAAUUGGGAAGUUCGCCAGUACUCUUAUGAAAUGGGACGGAACAAGGAUUGGCAGCGACUCGAUAUGGCUGAAACCAGGCGCGAGUGCCGGAACGCCAGGCAAAGAAAUAGCAUACCAUGUAGAUGAUCAAUACAUGCAAGGAAGUCAUAAAUGGACGAAACGUGUAGAGCUAGCCGCUUCAGAGUUCCACGCUCCAAAUCACGAUUUCAGGUCUAGCAUGGAGAAAGCUGCACUGGCGAAUGGUGUGUCAUUGGAACAAAUACCAUCCCUCCUACACAAAGUUACACUACCAGCUGGGUCCCUAUCAUUUCAUCAUGGAGGCAUGUGGCAUGGAAGUGGCAAGAACAUCACGCCCAACUUUCGAAGGAGCAUUGGCCUCCAUCUGAUACCUUCAAACUCGACUUUCAGUACAGAGCCAUCUGGUUACAUUUUCGGCCGGUAUAAAAAACUUGGAAGCUUAGACAUGGACGAGGCAUUCUUCCCUGUUACAUGGACGAAAACAGGAGGUCGCAGCAAACACUUGGAAGAAUAUUUGAAUGUCUAA